AAAGAAAGAGAGCCACAUUGAUAGUUAUAAUGGGCUUCAAUCUGUUAAUGCUAUUGGUUAUGGGACUAUGGGCCAUGUUUGACUUACAGACGAAAUAACAAUAAUAGUAAUAAUAAUAAUAAGUUAGAAGAAGAAGAAGAAGAAGAAGAAGAAGAAGAAAGGGGGAAAUAAAAUGCAGCAACAAAAAUAAUCUGGCGCAAAAGAAAUGCAACAAGAAAGGAGAAAAGAGGCAUUAUUACCUAAAUUCGGUCGAUGUACAGUAUCGUCUAUCUUAGUACUACUCACUCAGUUUUCUCUCUCCCUUAUACCUCGCUUCUUCUCCGCUUCCUCUUUUCUCCUCCAACUUACUCUCUCAGGUAUAGUGGUUCUGUUCGUUUUAGGAUUUGGAAGAUGGUGUAGACGGCUUCUUGGAGUACAUGCUUCGGCUCCAGCUUUCGUUUUCCUUAAUUUACUUUUUAUUUGGUCUGUUUAUUUCUGUGUCGUUCGACCAGCUGUUCCAUUUUUCAUGGAUGCUAUUUUCAGUGGAGAAGUUGUUAUGCUUUUCAUUGGUGUAUGUAGUAUUCUAUCAAGUAAUCCUGGUUUUGUAACUCAUCUAACUUCCCAUUCGGAUAAUCUUAUUGAAGUUGGAACUCUUGAAAUUGAAGCUGAUAAUGAGGAUCCCUUACUGUUGAAGAGGGUUAGAUACUGUAAGAGCUGCAAAGCAUAUGUAAAGGGGUUUGAUCAUCAUUGUCCUGCUUUUGGAAAUUGUAUAGGACAGAGUAAUCAUGCUCUUUUCAUGGUUCUUCUACUUGGAUUUCUUAGUACUGAAGCUUCUUACAUAAUGUGCUCAUUGCAAUUUGUCAGAGGUUCACAGAUCGAACCAGUAACUAGGUUUGAGCUUGGGCUGCGUGGAACUUUGGUUACCGGCACAAUGCUAUUUACUCUCCUCCAAGUGCUGUGGCAGGGGAUCUUUAUGGCAUGGCAUAUAUAUUGUAUAUGCUUCAACAUCAGGACUGAUGAAUGGAUAAACUGGAAGAAAUACCCAGAGUUCCAAGUCAUUGCUCAGUCCCAACCAGGUGGAAGCUUUAGUAAGAUGAGUUUUACAAAUCCAUAUGAUAAGGGUAUUCUUCAGAAUGUGAAGGAGUUUUGUGCAUUGCCAGGUUGAUUAUCCAAGUAGCAAGCAAGGAACUCACCAUUCUUCAAGCAUUGCUACUUGUAAAUUUGCGGAGUUGAAGAGGCUGUCAAAGGGAUCCCAACGAUCAAGAGAGAAUGGAUCGACCACAUUUGUUCUGCGGCUGCCAAAGAUGCUAGGAAUUAGAGACAUUUUCUUGAAUUCUUGAAAAGGGUAAUGAGGGCUUGCUAAAAGAAUAUUUGAUAGCUAGCUUGCUGAUAUUGAUUUCUUUUGAUGGAGCAAGAUUGAGGUAAAGGGUCUUAUUUAUAGUAAAGAGAAGAGAAAUCUGGAAUUUGUUAUUAGAAAAGGAGAAGUGUAAAGGAAAGGAAGAAAAGUUCUGGUUGUUUCUUGAAUUUUCCAAAUAUGUUAUAUGUUAUGGGCUUAUAAUCA